AUGCGAGCGGGUGAUGACUGGAUGGCAAGGGUGGUAUGUGGAACACAUAACCAUGCCCCUGCAUCAUAUAUGAAGGGACAUCCAUACCCCAGUCACCUCUCUGAAUUCGAAAUCCAGUUGAUGGUACAUAUGUCUACGAAAAAUGUGAAGCCACGAGAUAUCUUGACAUCGUUGAAGAAGCGAAAUCUGGACACCGUGUCUACCAUUAGGACCAUAUACAGUGUGCGCCAAAAAUUUUGGACUGUAGAGAAAGCUGGAUCAUUAGAGCGAUGGCGUGCAUUCCCGCACGUGUUAUUGAUGAACGCAACAUAUAAAACAAACAAGUACAUGAUGCCUCUCCUUGAGAUUGUCGACGUGACUGCAACUAAUAUGACUUUUUGCAUAGCAUUUGUGUUCAUGCACUCAGAAAAAGUGCUCAAUUAUACUUGGGCUUUAAGGUGUCUGCAGUUAACAAUGGAUGGAUGCACUGGUCCACGAGUUAUUGUCACGGAUAGAGAGUUGGCCUUGAUGAAUGCAUCUGCCUAG